UUCACCCGGGUUCUUGCUCAUAGAUUAAUAUCACAGAAUAUAUUACUCUAUAGUCUAUAAUAGUCUAUAGAAUAUAUUAUAUAUGCACUCGCAGUUCGUGGCUUUUGUGCUCUAUACUCUAUAGUAAUAGUAUUUUUUAAUCUAUGAAUUAUGAUAGUUACGGCUGUAUGGCCAGUAUGCUUUAAUCACAGAAUAAUAUUAUUCUGUGCUUUAACUGUAGUCACUAUCUAAUACAAUCGUGCUGAUUACUUGUGGCUUAUAAGUUUUAUUACAUUAUAUUUAUUGUACUAUGUUACAACUUAUAAAUGUUAACUCUUAACAGUCUUAACCCUCAGUCUUAAACUUUAGAUCAUGUACUCAAUGUUUUAUUUACUAAGUAUGUUAUAAAUUAUGAUCUAAAUAGUAAAUUCUAAGGUAUUGAAUCUGUGAACUCCAAACUUACUUAUUCUUAUUUAUAGUCUUGACUCUUCACUUGAAUUAUGAAUCAUCCUUUCAAUAUAAAAAAGAUAUAAAAAAUUAUAACUAUCUUACUUUUUGUACCCAAAUUAUUAUAUCAUUUAAAUUUUAAAUCAACGGUCAUAAGUCAUAACUAAUUAAGACAAUAGAAUUAUAGAUUAAUGGUUCCGAAUAAUGAGGAUAACCAAAAGAAGCAAGUGACUAUGGUGAUAUAAACUUGCUGAAUCAAUACAGUAUUAGUAAUAAUUGAUAAUGACGUCAGCUUCAAGUACAAGUGCUAGAUCCCUUUUUGGUGAUUCAAAAAAUUUAUUGAGUGAACGGGUAAAAUUAAACAUUAAUAAUAUGUCAUCAGUUAUCAAGCAAAUCCACAGAAGUUCAAAAAGUCAUGAUAUGUUAAAUCAAACGGUCAAAAGUCUUUCAUUGUUAGAAUCUAAUAUUGAUCGUACUGAACAUAAUUUAAAUCAAUUAAGAAAUGUUUCAACCAAUUUCAACCAACAAUAUGGAGAAUUUAAAAGAUCUAUACAUCUUAUUGAAGAAGUAAAGGAACAUGUGCAAACCAUGCAAAGAUAAAUAUAUAAAUUAAAUUAACUUUAAAGUAGAUUUGUGAAUUUAUUUUGUAUUAUGUAAUAAGUAAAGAAUAUAUUAAUUUCUUACUUUUAUUUUAUUUCUGAUGUAUAAUUAUGUAAAUAUAUUUAAAUUAAUAUAAAUUCAAAUUAUUAAUUAUCAUGUACUUUACAUUUCACUCUUAUUUAAAAUUGUUAUUUAUUUUUUUGUUCGUAAUAAGAGUACACACAAAACAAUGGAAAAAAAAGUGUUUUUUUAUAACUUUACAUUACAUUUUAUUGAAUCGCAGGUUGCAGACUACCUAUGACAAUUGACAGGCUCACGGAUUGGGAAACACUAUUCUAGAUCAACCAAGUUAAAGAUUCACUGUUAUAAAACUAAUAAAUGAUAAACAGCCCUCAUAUUAACUUCUCUCUUUAUUAGCACCACUGAUGAUACUUAAGUUUCAAAAUACCAGUCUUGUAAAGUAUUUAAAUACUUUUUAAUAUAAGUAUUUGGAAAGUAUUUUAAUACUGUCUUGGAUGUAUUUGUAUUUGAAAAUCAAAUACUUUUGUAAAAAUUACAAAUACUUUUGAUAAACGAAUUAUUAUACUAAUUGUCUAUAUUUUAUUUAUAUUUUCCAUUCAUAAAUGUUGAGAACCUCUGUCCCCUAUUGCUGAUGUCUCGUUCAUUUGUUAAUGUGAUUAUUACAAAAUAUAAAUAUACUUAAAUGCAAUAACA